AUGGCAAACCCCCUGUAUCCGGAUUAUCUACCAACCAGGCCAGAUGGAUAUUCACCGACAUUAGAUGUCCCUCUGUUUGAAGCUGAUGAGCCUGGGACCCGAGCAGAUCCUACUACACCAUCUAUUUUGAAAGCCGGUGCUACGAUAACAAAUAUAACGCCAAUAAUUGGGACAGAGAUUAGAGGUAUUCAGCUGAGCAAACUUACCCAUACAGGUCUCGAUGAAGUAGCAUUUUUAGCAGCUCAAAGAGGAGUUUUGGUCUUUAGAGAACAAGAUUUCGCGGACAUUGGAUUUGAGAAACAGAAAGAAGUCGUGAAGUAUUAUGGCCCGCUUCAUAAACAUCCGACCAUGGGUUAUCCCGCUGGAACUGGUCCAGAAUUUCAUGUUGUCUACGCAGACGAAAAAGCAGGAAAUCUCAGAACACUUUUAGGUCCUCACACCACGUAUGACUUAUGGCAUGUUGACCAAACUUUCACUCCUAAUGUACCUUCGACCACUUUCUUCUGGGUACUUGAAAUCCCUGCAUCUGGUGGCGGCGAUACAGCCUUUACCUCUCUCACAGCAGCUUACGAAGCUUUAUCCCCCGCCUUUAGAGAACUACUAGGAGGACUCAGCCUCUAUCAUACUUCAGCUUCAGUAGGAGAAGUUGCUCGUGUUGGGAUGGAACGUGCGUUGAAAGAAGCGGUUAAUACGACGCAUCCUUUGGUGAUUAGGCAUCCCGUCACUAGAAAGCCUUCGCUGUUCGUGAAUCCGACAAUUGCUCGAAAGAUUGAAGGAUUUCUUCCUGAGGAAUCAGACAACUUGUUGAAAUUCCUUCACGAUCACUUUAGGAGUCUUGACUUCAGCUGUAGGGUUAAGUGGGAGAAAGGUACUGUGGUGGUUUGGGACCAACGAGCUGCGGCACAUAGUGCAGUUCCUGAUUUUGCGGAUGGUGAAAGGCGGCAUAUGUUGCGGAUGAUUCCUUACGGGACCAAACCUCAGCCAGCAUUCCCGGAGAAAUUUAUUGAUUCAAAAUAG